AUGAAGAAACUCAUUCAAAAGAAUGGAUGGAAGAUGACAACUCCUUUUGAAAGUAAACUUGGUGAACCGGUAUUAAAAAGUAUUGAGAAGGACGUCUCCAACAGUUCACAUGUGGUUUAUCUGAUCACGAAAGAGGAUGGUGAGAAUGAAAAUGUAAAUCACACCAUGACGAUUGAGAUGGCCUUCCAGUCUCUCACAGACAAGGGCUUAGGAGGCAGAGUUAUUCCUGUGUUCUGUUGCGAUAUAUCUUUCGUCUCGCCGAAACUGAGGAGCUUGACUGGAGCAAACAUUCACGAUGAAGCACUCGAAGGAAGAUUGAGUAGGAGUAUUGAUGUGAACAUCAGGAAGAAAAGAGAAGAGGAGUACCGCUCAGUUUCAGAACCAUCGCAGGGUGCAUCAAGUUCACGUCAGCCACAGCAAACAUCACAUGGAGGUACAGAGGGAACUCAAGAGAUCGAUUCAGGUAGACAGGAAGACCUUGACGAAAAACUGACCACUGUUGCUCGAAAAGUUUUCAAGCAUGAAGAUCUAGAUCAUCUUGGGAAGGCUCUUGGCUUUGAACCAGAAGAUAUUGAACGUUAUGUCAGCACAAACAUGAAGAAUGCACAUAUAUCAUACAUGGGUACACUGUCAAUGCUCCGAGACUGGAGAGAUAGGCAAACUGAGGCUACGGAGUGUGAAGCCCUGAAGGAUGUUCUAAAGAAAGCUGGUCAAAUCCGUCUCGCUGAUAUCCUAUUCGAACCAUUGCAGGGUGCAUCAAGUUCACAGCCACAGCAACCAUCACAUCAAAGUAAAGAGGAAAUUCUGGAGAACGUUUCAGGUAGACAGGAAGACUUUGACGAAAAUCUGAUCACCAUUGCUCGGAAAAUUGUGAAGCAUGAAGAGAUAUAUAAACUCGGGAAGGGUCUCGGCUUUGAACCAGCAGAUAUUGAACGCUAUGUCAACACAAACAUGAAGAAUGCACAUAUAUCAUACAUGGGUACACUGUCAAUGCUCCGAGACUGGAGAGAUACGCAAACCAAGGCCACAGAGUGUAAAGCCCUGAAGGAUGUUCUAAGGAAGGUUGGUCAAAUUCGUCUCGCCGAUGAGCUAUUUUGUACUUCAUGAGAUGCGAAUUAUGCUUCUUUAUUGAGGACUACAUUGUUCCAAUGAUAUGUGAAAGUAUAAUGUUUGUGUAGCUUAAUCAAAGUUCCCCAUUGUUGGGGCCUUCAUAUACAUGGUAACAUUCCUGGGAUAGCACAUCAAACAUUAAAUACACAUCUACCCUUUACAUUAUAGUCAGUACAUUCUUUCAAACCUAUGCAGUAACUGAAUUUCACUUAUUCACUGCCUCCCAUGCGCUUAACACAGGGACCACUAGUUGGUUCCAGUAGACAGUGAUUUAAAUGAUGUUCAUGAAUUAAAAUGUUUGUUAUUUCUAAUGAUAUUGUAAUAGUAAUUUGUCUUGCAUAAAUUGUUAUGUUAUUUGUAAGAAAAUAUUUUUCACAUGUUUCAUAGGUAUUUGUAUAUAUAUAUAUAUUUUUUCUUUUUCUGAAAUACAAACUAUAUGAUUACAAAUUUAAACAUUGCUGCACUUUGAAGGGAUGUCACCAAAACAAAAUCAAAAGUAUCAUGCAUGCCUUUGUACUUAAGCCUGAUCUAAGAUGAUAUAAUUCACUGUUUUAGUACUGAAAACAUGAUCACAAAUAAUUUGGAGAAAUCAACUCGGGAGAAAUCAACUCAAGAGCAACUUUAACACCCCUUUUAUUGCCCAUAGAAAUUGCCAUUUUCAUAUUAUGUAAUAUGUCAUUCAAAUGUUCACAUAUUUCAAUAGAUGGACAAGAAUAUUACAAUCGUCUUAUGUUGAUUACCUGAAAGUUUUUGUGAUCAUACUUUCAACUGAAGUACCAGAAAUCAAUACUAAUACAUGUAAAUCUAAUGUGCCUUUGGACCAAACCGAAGUUCACAUUCCUGGUAAUGUUUAUAAAAGGGAAUUCAUGUUGAAUUGUGAUGGCAUCUACACAGGUACAUGUAUAUAAAUGUAUUUGCAAGAGCAAAUCAUGUUGUGAUUGCUGCUUUUAUAUUAUUAUUAUAUUAUAAUCAAAGGAAUUGUAAUUAUUUUUUAAUCGAAGGAAUCCUGUAUUUGCUGCAACUUUUUUAAACUUAAAAGAUCAUAGCUUGCCCCCCUUUUCCCUCCAAAGGACAGCGCGCCUCCAGGCUUUUUUUUUUUAGGUGUGUGGCUUGAAACUGUUUUUAAUGUACAACACAAUAUCAUUAACAACUCAUUUCUUUU